GAAAGGAGCCCAAGUUCAAGGAACCAAAGGAGACACUCAAUCAGGACAGUUCAUGGCACUCCGCGACAUGCGGCCUGUAGGGACACCCAUGGUAAGCGGGCUCACGGGGACUCAACGGGACCUUGGCGAUGGGGUCUGAGCUCAGCACAACCCCCACACAGCUUUCUACGGACAACAUCAGGCUCACGGGGACUCAACGGGACCUUGGCUGUGGAGUCUGGUCUCAACACAGCUCCCACACAGCUUACUAGGGACAACAUCAGGCUCACAGGGACUCAGCGGGACCUUGGCUGUGGAGUCUGGUCUCAACACAGCUCCCACACAGCUUACUAG